ACUAUACAAGAUUCAAUUCGAUAUGUUAUUAUAUAGCCGCCUGCCUAGAAUGGGCGGUGCCUUGUUUGACUUGCCCAUCUUCCACUUCUUUACUUAAAAUAAUAAAAAAAAAUAUAUAAGAGAGGAAGAAACAAGCAGAGCUUUUCAUACUAGUUUCUAAUGGAAGAAGAAGGUACUUUAGAUAUCGUCAUCGUGGGCGCCGGAAUCUCUGGCCUUUCCACGGCAGUUGGGCUCCAUAGGCUUGGGAUCAGAAGCCUGGUGCUGGAAUCUUCGGAGAAACUGAGAGCGACAGGAUUCGCCUUUACCACUUGGUUCAAUGCUUGGAAGGCCAUGGAAGCUCUUGGCGUUUCUCAGCAUGUUCGUAGUCUCCAUGAUCGCCUCCAAGGAUGGGUGGUUGGACCCAUUUCUGCGGGCAAUCCUUGUAAAGAGAUGCUGUUUCCAGAAUCCGAAGAAUAUGAGUCUCGAUGCGUACAGAGGAAGCUGUUGUUAGAGGCCCUAGCAGCUGAGUUGCCUGAGGAGACCAUAAGGUUUUCGUCUAAGGUUGUUCAUAUCGAAUUGUCUGGACACUACAAGAUGGUUCAUCUCUCUGACGGGACCAUUCUCAAAACCAAGGUUUUGGUAGGGUGCGACGGAGUGUAUUCAGUGGUUGGUAAGUGGCUAGGCUUCAAAACUCCGGCUACAACUGCAAGGUUAGCGAUCCGAGGGCUUACACAUUUCCCGUUAGGCCAUGGAUUUGGAAAGAAGUUCUUCCAGUUCUAUGGAAACGGUGUUCGUUCGGGUUUUAUCCCCUGUGACCACAACACUGUCUACUGGUUCCUAACCCACACCUCCACUGAUAUAGACGAGGAGACAAAUCCGGAAAUUUUGAAAGAGUUUGUGCUGAACAAGAUCAAAGACUUACCUGAAAACAUUAAGAGUGUCGUGGAGACCACUGAUCUUGAUAGCAUGGUGAUGUCUCGACUGAAGUACCGACCUCCUUGGGAACUCCUAUGGUCAAACAUCACAAAAGACAACGUAUGCGUUGCAGGGGAUGCGCUUCACCCGAUGACUCCUGAUAUCGGACAAGGCGGUUGCUCAGCCAUGGAAGAUGGAGUUAUCCUCGCUCGUUGUCUUGGCGAAGCUAUAAAAGCUAAGCAUCUGAAAAGUGAAACAAAAGAAGAAGAAGAAGAAGAAGAUAGUUAUAAGCGGAUUGAAGAAGGCUUGAAGAAGUAUGCAGGAGAAAGGAAAUGGAGAAGCAUUGAUCUGAUAACAACGGCAUAUACAGUAGGUCUCAUACAGCAGAGCAGAGGGAAGUGGAUGAACCUGUUCAGAGACAGGUUCUUGUCGUCUUUCCUUUCUCGGAUGCUGUUGAAAAAGUCUCAUUUCGAUUGCGGAAGCCUUGUCCCGUGAGCAAGAAGGAUGGUAGAGCGUAGUGAAAAGAUUGUGAUUCUUCUCAUCUACAGAACAGUUUUCACCUUUGCUUCAAGAUUAUCCAUCUAUAACUGUGUAUUUUGCUUUUAGUAUUACUAGGGAUGUCAGCCCGUGCGUUGUCGCACGGGGAAAUAAAAACUUAAAAUAAUUAACAUUGUUAAAUAACAUUUCUAGUGGAAAUUGAUUAUAAUCUUCUAACUGUA